UGUCACGCUGGGAGCGGGGCGAAAAGUAACAAAAGUGUUUUGUCAACUGAUCGGCGAGGACGUACUCGGAAUUCCGUGUGCACUGUGCAAGUGAAAUCCAACUUAAAGUUAAUAAAAAACUAAUUAAAAGAAAAUAAUCAGAGCGAGAAUCAGAAAUGGCGCGUACUAAGCAGACUGCCCGUAAAUCUACUGGAGGAAAGGCUCCACGUAAACAACUGGCCACCAAAGCCGCCCGUAAGAGCGCCCCGUCGACCGGAGGUGUGAAGAAACCACAUCGUUACCGUCCCGGAACAGUCGCUCUUCGAGAAAUUCGUCGCUACCAGAAGUCGACUGAGUUGCUCAUCCGUAAACUGCCCUUCCAGCGUCUGGUCAGAGAAAUCGCCCAGGAUUUCAAGACCGAUUUGCGUUUCCAGUCCGCCGCUAUCGGAGCCUUGCAGGAAGCCAGUGAAGCUUACUUGGUCGGCCUUUUCGAAGACACCAAUUUGUGCGCCAUCCACGCCAAGCGCGUCACCAUUAUGCCCAAGGAUAUUCAGCUGGCGCGACGAAUUCGAGGCGAACGUGCUUAAGUGCACUCGCCCAAUGGACGUCAGAGUUUAGCGAAUGAGAACAACGUGACAUUCGGCCCCACGAAAACACUGACAACUUCAGAAACUUGUCCACUCGGGGCUUCUUCAAAUACGAAAAAGUUUCAUUUUACACAUUUCCUCGUAUCUAUUUUAUAUUUAUGUCUUAAUUGUAAGAGUAGUGUUCGUUUAAUGCGCAUAGGGUUACGUUUAGUACUUCCGGGAGUUCUUUUUAGGAUGUGAAGAUUGAAUUUCCGUUCAAUUGAUCCUUUUGAUAACCAAUGUAACGUCGUAGUGGAGAUUUUAUGUUACACAAAUUUUAUAAGCAUAAAAUUAUGGCAUCUGAGAUAUUCCCACCACUUUGAUCAAAUAAAUACUUGAAAUAGAUUAAA